UCUUUCUUUCGGCCAGCUUGACGGUCGCCUUUCAAGCUCCUUGCUUUCUCUCCUCUGCUCCUCCCUCUCGGAGACUUCUUUCCCCCCAAUUGGUCACCACCCUCUUUUUCGCGGAAUCAGUCGCUACUGCUGCUUGGGUCUGGGAUCCCGACCCCUUCCGUAAUUCCCUUGUCUCGUCAUGGCCAGAGACGCAUCGUCGCCGGCCUCGCAGUCGGCCCCGGAGCUCAAUGCCCGCAUUUCCACCUCCAGCGGACACCACCGCCCAGCCGCCAAAGAAACCACGUUCCGGGAAUGGAUGCUCGCCAACCAGAUCGGUAUUUCGUUGACCACUCUUUCUAUGCUACUGGCCGUUCACCACCUCUACCCUUCCUUGAAUCCCUACACCGCCCCGUUUUUCCAGCUGUCGUACUACCAGCCCACCACUGGAGAUUAUGUGCAAGGAUGGGAUGACAUCUAUUUUAUCGCCAGCUCCGCGAUUGCUUUCAUCGCUAUCCGUGCAAUUGUUAUCGACUGGAUUCUCCAGCCACUGGCGCAAAGCUGCGGAUUGAAACGGAAGGCCUCGAUUCGUCUGGCUGAGCAAGGCUGGCUCUGCUUGUAUUAUGGAUUCUUCUGGUCCCUUGGCAUGUACAUUUGGUCCAACUCAUACUAUUGGGGCGACUUCAGCGCCAUCUGGGAUCAGUGGCCCGCACGCAAUGUGUCGGGGUUGAUGAAAUGGUACCUUUUGGUGCAAUUGGCCUUCUGGGUGCAGAUGCUCCUGGUUAUCAACAUUGAGGAGCGCCGGAAAGACCACUACCAGAUGCUAACUCACCACGUCAUCACCAUCACUCUCUUCGGAUCGGCUUAUAUCUAUGGCUUCUACAAUGUAUCCAACGUGGUACUGUCGCUCAUGGACAUUGUGGACCUCUUGCUACCGGCGGCCAAAGUCCUCAAAUACUUAAAGUACGAGACCACCUGCAAUGUCGCUUUUGGUGUGUUCAUGGUUACGUGGCUCAUAACGCGCCAUAUCUACUACCCGCAACUGUGCUGGUCCAUCUACAAGGACGUCCCAGCCAAGAUGGCGUACGGCUGCUACUCCGGUACCACUGCGGAAAUGACUUCCACCAACGCGUAUCCCAACCGCUGGCGGUAUCUGCUUUACCCCUUCCAGGACAUCAGCGGCCCAAUCUGCAUGAACCGCACCAUCAAGUGGAUCUUCCUUUCCUGCCUUUUGGCACUGCAGGCACUCUCGCUCAUCUGGUUCACCAUGGUCAUCCGGGUCGCCGUCGGAGUCAUCCGCACCGGAAAUGCUGAAGAGCCUCGCAGCGACGACGAAGAGGAGGAGGAAGAUGUUGCGGGCAAGGAUGGCCCCAAUGGUACAGCUGUCCCGACCGACGGCUCCAGUGCUGACUGGCGCCGCGCCAAUGGGUCUUCGAAUGUACGGCCCCGUGGACGCGGCCGUGUUCGUCUUGGCGACCAGAGUGACCACAAAGCGUUACUCGGGCGGAUCGGAUGCGAUAAACCGACCUAGACACCCUCUUAACGUCUUUGACUUUGCGUUUCUCUCUUAUACUAAUGAUAUCAUGGAUGUGGAUACGGACACGCUGAGAUGCUGAUAUCGAUGAUCAUUAAGACAUCACCAGCUAGAAACACGUGAAACGAACCAACAAGAAAGUACAGUUCGCAUUGGGGAAAAAAAAAGUUCUACCUAACCUAACCGUUCUAUAUCUUUCCAGUUUUCAGCAGGUGCUCAUCUUGUCUUUGCGUUUGAUACCAUUGAUCUUGAUUGGUAGUGAUUGUGAAUUUUUCUCCCUUUGAUUCCCUUUUUUAUUUGCAUCGAACUUUACCCACCUCACAUCAACCCCACCUGAUCUGUCAAUAACGGCGUGCACGAUGAUCAUUAUGUUGUCUUAUACUAUGCUCUAUGCUGCUGCUUGUCAUUGCCUAUCUUGUUCAGUUUAUUUAUCUAGAUGAUGUUGCUGGCCGAUUGCAUGCUUUGUUGCCUUGAUGCCCCCCUCCAUUUAUUUAUCCAGAGUUGUUACUUUUUCUUGUGGUUUAGGGACGUAAUACAAAUACCCACUGGUUGAUGGUUUUAUUGUUAACUUUUU